AUGAAUCGGCAAUGGAUGUACAUUGACCGACGGUUUGACGAGUUCACUGCGGACCUGGAUAAUUUUAUGGCCGUGGCGGAGGCAAACAAACAUGGUGGCUUCAUGUAUUGUCCAUGUGUGGACUGCAAGAAUACCGUAAAUUACGCUCGCUCGAGUCUCAUUCACAGCCACCUUCUGCGAUCCGGUUUCAUGCCCAGUUACUAUUGUUGGACCAAGCACGGAGAAAGAGGGGUUAUGAUGGAAGACAAUGACGAAGAGGAAGAGGAUGAUGACGGUUAUCCCAAUUUCCCUGAAUACGACGAUACUGCAGAAGGCAAUGAAGACAAUGAAGUAGAAGAUCAAGAGGCACCAGAUGAGCCUGCUGAUGAUGAUCUUGGCAGGGUCAUUGCUGAUGCAAGGAGAGAAUGUGAAACUGAAAAGGAAAGGUUGGCCUUCGACAAGAUGAUAGAAGAUCACAACAAAUUGUUAUACCCAACUUGCGAAGAUGGCCAUAAAAAGCUAGGCAGCACACUGAAAUUGUUGCAAUGGAAGGCAGAGAACGGUGUCACUGACUCAGGAUUUGGAAAGUUGCUGACAAUAAUUAAGAGGAAGCUUCCAAGGGGUAACGAAUUACCCGCCAGUACGUACGAAGCGAAGAAGAUUGUCUGCCCUCUAGGAUUAGAUGUGCAAAAGAUACAUGCAUGCAUUAAUGACUGCAUCCUCUACCGCGAUGAGUACGAGAAUUUGGAUGCAUGUCCGGUGUGCACUGCAUUGCGGUAUAAGAUCAGACGAGAUGACCCUGGUGAUGUUGAGGGCGAGCGCCCCAGGAAGAGGGUUCCUGCCAAGGUUAUGUGGUAUGCUCCUAUAAUACCACGGCUGAAACGCUUGUUCAGAAAUAAAGAGCAUGCUAGGUUGUUGCGAUGGCACAAAGAAGACCGUAAGAAAGACGUGAUGUUGAGGCACCCUGCUGAUGGCUCCCAAUGGAGAAAAAUCGAUAGA